AUGAAGGGGAAGUACACUGAAAAUUUGACGAGACACAUAAAAAGAGAGCACGCCGACAUUUCCGAGGAAAUUAUUGGCGAAAAAAUAGGCAAGAAUGACUCCAACCAAAAUGAUAUUACGCAAUACAUUGUGAGCAAACCACCAUCAGCUACAGUGAGCGUUGCAAAGCAAGAUUUGGUAGAUGGUUGUAUCGAGCUAGUCACAAAAAAUGGACGGCCACUUAAACUAAUGGAAGAUAGCGGGUUUCGAAAAAUAAUAGAUCCCUUGUGCAAAGCUGUUGGCAUUUCAAUCAAUCGCCUAAAUAUAAAGGAAGAAAUCUUAAAAAGGGCAGCCAAAUUGCGAUCUGUAAUGACAUCUAAACUUGAUAAUCGCCUACUUUCCAUAAAAGUGGACUGCGUUAGUCGGUUAGACAGGUCCAUAAUUGGAAUCAAUCCACAGUACAUUGAAAAUGGCGAUAUUAUAAUACACACUCUGUCAAUGAAGCAAAUAUUUGUGAAGCACACUGGCUUGAACUUGUCGAAUAUAAUUGUAGACGUGCUAAAAUCAUUUGAAAUAAAUAUGGACAGAAUUUACUCCAUAACUGUCGACAAUGCGGCGAAUAUGAUAUGCGUCGGAAAGUUUCUCAAUAAAGCUCAAAGCUUCCAUCAAAGUCAACGGUUGCAUAUUGAAGAAGGAAAUGAAGUUGUUGACGCAGAUUCACAAG